AUGGCUGCACCUCCCAUGUCCAACUCGCCUUCCAAUCCGCAACAGCAAUCGACAGACGCCUCGAACAAUGCCUCGGUAGCCUCGCCCAAAACUCCGCAAUCCCCGGGUCAACAGAGUCUGGAACAACAGCGAAUACAACUCCUCCUAAGCAUCAACCUCGACCUACUCGAAGAAGUGAACCGACUGCAGGCAGAAGGCCAGGGCGGAGUGCUUAGCGAGACUCAGCAGAACGAUGCGAGGGCAAAGGGACUAGACGACAAGAUGGCGUCACAAGAAUACGUCCAAUGUCUGCGACGAAUACAGGCCAAUCUGGCAUACAUGAUGCCUAAAGCCCAGCCCCAAGCCGCGGCGAAGAUGCAACCGGGACCUGCCCACAUGACGCCACCUAGGCAUAUGGCGUCGAUGAGGGAGAAGUAUCAGCAAUUAGCUGAGCUUUUCCCGGGGUGGCAGGGCCUGGAGCAGAGGAUGGGAGGGAAUGCGGGAUCGCCGAGCGGGCAGCCGAAUGGCGCUCAGUGA